AAACGCGUUUCUAAGUAUACUUUCCUUUAUUUGUUUGAAUCUAUUAUUUUCCUUUUCAUUUAGUUGGCAAAAAGGAAAUCUAUUCAAAUAUGUGAUUCUGAUUAAGAAUUACGGAUUAUAUGUUAUCUGUUGUGUUAGAAGCUUCUAUUUAUCUUUUGAUAAAUAGUUUUGGUUAUGUCCUUACCAAAUUUAAAAUUUUCAAAAUCUGUAUAACAACUAAAAUCACAACAAUUGCCUUUUAAAAACAGUAACAUCGUACUAAAUUCACAAAGUAUCUAAAAGAGUUCAUCGAUGCAGUAGCCUACAUAUCUCCAGUCACUGCUCAAUGAGUCUACUGACUCUACUCUUGUCUGACCAUCUCUGCCAACAAUACAAAAAUAAUGCUGGCCAUUAUGAAAACACAAGAGAUAGUACAAGUUUUACUUCUAAAGGAAUCCCUGUGAUGGCUUUGGUUGAUGAAAGGAAGUUUGGUGGUAAACUUUAUUCUCUAUAUAAGUUUCCUUUUAACCGGGGGAUCCACUUGGAAUCAAUUCUAUUGAUGGAAUCAGGAGAUAAACUUUUGCUGUUUGUGGUGAGCAGUUCUUGGUAAAGAGAUUCAUUGGCUUCACAAAGGUUUUAGUGUAAUUAAUCAUAGUGUAAACUGUACAUUUUAUCUGUUCUUUCAUGCUGAGUAGUGAGUAUAAAUUAAAAGGGGUUGUCAUAACCGGACUAAACCAACUCGAGUCCUGGAAUCAGAAUUGAUUAGAUUCGAUGUAUGGUUUGAUAACGUGUGAUAACUUAUGAAGUUAAGAUAGAUGCGUAACCUGUCGUCUUCCUUGUGCCGUUUAUACAAAAAUACAAAAGUACAAAUAUCAAGGUAAGGAGCUUAGAACAACACUAAAGAUAGUAAUAAAAGGAGUUGUAAGAUAUAUAUCAUGUUUUUUUGGUUUGUAUAUCAUGUUUUUUUUACACACAUAUAUCAUGUUUUUAAUUGAAGAUAUUGAUGUUGUAAGAUAGAUUAAUUCUAGCCACACUAUCAACACGAUAUUUGUUGAAUAUAAUGACUAUCGGGGGGUCAUGGAGUUAGCGAGGUAUUAACUGUCAUGGAGCCAUCUCAACGUAACACCGAAACGCCGUCGUUUCACUAUGCCACAGUCCCUGUUGAUUCCAGCGGGCGAGCCACCGUGUUCCGACCGUUCUCUCUCUCCUCCCCCCACUCACGCGCCUUUCACCUAGCGUGGCUCUCACUCUUCUCAUGCUUCUUCUCCACCUUCUCCAUCCCUCCUCUAAUCCCCGUCAUCUCCUCCGACAUCCGCCUCUCCGCGUCCGCCGUAUCCGCCGCCGGAACCGCCUCCUUCGCCGGCUCCAUCUUCUCCCGCCUCGCCAUGGGCCCGCUCUGCGAUCUCAUCGGCCCGCGCACCUCCUCCGCGAUCCUCUCUUUCCUCACCGCUCCAGCCAUCCUCUCCACCGCCUUCGUCUCCUCUCCCACUUCCUUCGUCCUCGUCCGCUUCUUCGUCGGCUUCUCGCUCGCUAACUUCGUCGCUAAUCAGUACUGGAUGUCCUCCAUGUUCUCCGGCAACGUCGUCGGUCUCGCUAACGGCGUCUCCGCCGGUUGGGCUAACGUCGGCGCUGGUCUCUCUCAGCUCCUUAUGCCUAUUCUCUACACGACCAUCGCUGAGUUCCUCCCACGCGAUGUCUCUUGGCGCGUGUCUUUCGUGUUCCCCGCCGUUUUCCAGGUGGUAACCGCCGUACUAGUUCUCAUCUACGGACAAGACACUCCCGACGGUAAGAGAAAAGCCUACAAAGACAGAACUCAGUUAGAAGAAGAUGAACGUUCAAGUUUUGUCCGAAUCCUUCUCGACGGACUCGGAGACUACAGAGCGUGGAUUCUAGCUUUGCUGUACGGUUACUCGUUCGGCGUCGAGCUCACGACGGACAACAUGAUCGCCGGAUACUUCUACGAGCGUUUCGGCAUGAAUCUUGAGGCGGCGGGGACGAUCGCGGCGAGUUUCGCGAUAUCGAACGUCGCGUCGCGGCCGGCGGGAGGGAUGGUUUCGGACUUGCUGGGGAAAAGGUUCGGGAUGAGAGGGAGGCUGUGGGGGCUGUGGAUAGUGCAGUCGGUGGCUGGGUUGUUGUGUUUGUUACUCGGACGAGUCAACUCGCUCUGGGGAUCAAUCGCCGUUAUGUGGGUGUUCUCUAUAUUCGUCCAAGCUGCUUCUGGUCUCAUCUUUGGUGUCGUCCCCUUCGUCUCCACAAGAUCGCUAGGAGUGGUGGCGGGAAUGACGGGAAGUGGUGGAACUGUAGGAGCGGUGGUGACACAGGUUUUGUUGUUUUCCGGCGAUAAUGUUAGAAAGCAAAGAAGCAUUUCACUUAUGGGGUUAAUGACUUUUGUCGCGUCUCUUUCUGUCACGCUUAUUUACUUUCCACGAUGGGGUGGAAUCUUUUGUGGUCCUUCUUCGUCUUCCGAAUGCGAUGAUUGUUCCCAGCGGCUACUUGGAGACGAGGAAGAGGACGACGAUAAGGUGGUGAUUAGUGGUAGACUACGUCCCGUUUGUUGAUUCUCGCAACUACUAUGCGUUUCGACUAAACCAAUGUGUAAUAAACUUGUCAAGUGUGUGUAUAUAUGUAAUAGCUGAGUUUAUGCAUGUUGUGGUCAGGCUGAAGAAAACGAGGUGUGGUACUUUAUACAUGUAAAGCUGAGUUUAUAUACAUAUCGAAUUGAUAAAAUGUUGUAUUCAAGUUUAGAGAUUGAAUUGUCAACUUGAUUACCUGUUGUAGACU